AUGAAGGAUUUACUCACGAAAAAGAAAAAGUAUAUUGAAGCAGAGACCAUUGAAGUACAAGGCAACUGUAGUGCUAUCAUCCAAAAGCUUCUCCCACCAAAAUUCAAAGAUCCGGGCAGUUUUACUAUCCCUUGCACUAUAGGGAAUCUAGCUAUUGGGAAAGCUCUGAUUGAUUUGGGAGCAAGCAUCAAUCUAAUGCCCCUCUCUAUGUUCAGAAAGAUUGGAGAGUUAGAUCUGAAACCUACAAGGAUGACUUUACAAUUAGCAGACAGAUCUAUUAAAUACCCUCAUGGGGUGGUGGAAGAUGUGCUUGUUAAAGUUGACAAAUUUGUCUUUCCAGUGGACUUUGUAAUAAUGGAGAUGGAGGAGGAUACUGAGGUUCCUCUCAUUCUGGGUAGACCAUUCAUGAAGACUGCAAGAAUUCUAAUUGAUGUAGACAAUGGCAAACUCAAGGUGAGAGUACAGGAUGAAGAAGUGAAUUUCAACGUUUUUGAAGCUAUGUCUCACCCCAAUGACGAUGAAGCAUGUUUUCAAGUUGAUGUUCUGGAUGAGUUCACUUCAAGCCCACUAUGUGUUGCUCCUUCCUUUCCAUCUCCGCUGGAGCUCCAUGUGAAGGCUCUUCCUAAGCUGGAUGUGGCAGCUGCUUCCCUUCCAGCACCACCGAGAGCUGCUGUCAGCUCCAAGCCGUGA